AUGCCUACUCCCGAGUCCGAGCAGUUUAAGGCGCAGAAGCCCACCGUUCCUCCUACAUUCAAUGGCGUCGAUUACGAUGAUACUAAAGCCUUCAAGGCUGCCGAGGAUGCCCUCAUCCGAGAGCAAUGGGUUGGAGCCAUGAUGACUCGUCUUGUUGGAGAGGAGCUCAACAAGUGCUACGUUCGAGAGGGUGUCAAUCACUUGGAGAACUGCGGCCACCUCCGAGAGAGGUAUUUGCAAUUGCUGAAGACGAACAAGAUCAAGGGCACCAAGUUCCUGCAACAAAACUAUGUUGACCAGAAGGAUCAAGAGCUUGAUCUCGCUGCCAAAGUUCACACUAGCGACAAGAUUGCCAAGCUCAACCACGGCCGAUUCUCAUCACUUCCAAUUGGGCGCGAGGCUGACGUUUUACAUCUUCCAUCGCCUCUCAUUGGCUCUCCACCAACUGGUCGUCCAAAAUUUCUCCAGAACUUCGAGCCUCGUUACACUUCAUCUCACCCCAACCCACCACCAGCAAACAUAAUGUUCUGCACUCGAUGUCUGCGCGCCACCUCCUUGCGGCGCUCGCAGCCGAUUUUUCGACAGUUUUCGACAACGACAAAUUUCCGUUCCGCCGAACCUCAACUUUCGACUCCCGUUACAGCGGUCGGCGAGGCACAGAAGGAUGUCCCUGCUGCACGAUCAUCAUGUGCACCUGGAACUGUUCUUAAUGGCUUAAACUAUACCAAGGGUGGGCAGGACCCUGUUGCAAAGAAUGAUGAUGAAUACCCAGAAUGGUUGUGGUCUUGCUUGGACGUCUUGAAGAAGAGUGCCGAUUCAGCGGAUGCCGAUGCUGGUGACGAAUUCUCCAAGUCAAAGAAGCAAAGAAAACUGGCAGCCAAGCGUCAAAAGACCCUCGAGGCCAAGCUGUUGGCUGAGGGUAAUCUCGAGGCUCUGGCUCCUAAGAUUCCUCUUCAACGUCAGUCUAUUAAUAUCCUCGGAGAGGAGAAUCGAGGAGUCGAACAUAACAUUGAGGCCGCACAAAAGCGAGAGGAACUUAAGAAGGCCAUGCGAAAGGAGAGAAGGGCCAAGAUUAAGGAAACCAACUACCUCAAGUCUAUGUAA